UUCAAUGUUUCUAUAAUUGAAUGCGUGGCGAAAUCGAAGGCGGUUUCAAGUGUAUGAAUUAAUAAAAACGAUUGAAAAGCUCAUUCGCUCUGGAAAUACUUUGAAAUUAUUCGUUCAUAGAGUUAGCACGGAAUACGAAAAAUCAUGAACUGUCUGAAUCAGGCAAUAUCGGAGGAAAGAAUUCAUCAGGUCCGACUUCUUUUAUCUAUGGGUGUAGAUAACGAAAUGAAAGAUAAGAAUGAUUUCGAACGAACUCCGUUGAUUAAAAGUUGCUUGGUGAAUCACCAGGAAGCGUCAUUGAGACUGUUAAAGAUUCUACUGAAAUUUGGAGUUACAAUAAAUGCUGUUGAUAUACUCGGGAAAAGUGCGUUGCAUUAUGCAUGUGAGACAGGAAAAGCAGAAGUUGCCAAAGUACUCAUGAAUGAGGACGGAAUUGAACUGAACACCCAGGACAAUAAAGGACAAACACCUUUAAUGUUGGCAUGUGCGGAAGGACAUCUGGUUAUGGCACGAAUUUUGAUGGGAAAACUUGUCAAAUUCGACCUUGAAAUUGACCUCAGAGAUAGCCAAGGUUACACUGCGUUGCUAAUGGCAAUCAAAAACGAACAUUAUGACGUUAGCCAUGAUCUUGUCAGAUACGCUAAUGCUUGCAUCACGCUUCGAGACAACGAGAAAUUUAUGAAUGCGGCUGAAUGGCUGAAAUCAAAUUUAGAGGAACGACGAAAAACAAAGCAAACCACACAUGAAGGAGAUAAAGCAAGGAAAAAAAGACACGAAAUGAAAUCUCCGACAAAGUCUGAUAAAGAUAAAGAGAACAUUGAACAACAGGCAGAUGAUGUACCGGUGUUGGUUUUAACUGAAUCUCAGGAACAACCUUUAACUGAUGAGUACGAAAAUGGCUUGGAAGGACAAGGUGAUCCGGGUACAGCUACAUCAUUAGCUUCUAUGUCUGGACUUCUUUUUGAACCAGAUCCAUACGGAAGCUUUAUUAGACCUCCUUCUUCAGGAGGACAAAGUGUCAGCAAACGAGCCUCAACUGCAGGUAGUUUUAGACGAUCUUCUCCCGCUGGUGGAAGAAUGUCACGACCCCAAACUGGGGCAUCGGUUGCGAGUUCUAGCAAAUCUCAAAGGUUUUCAGCUUCCAGUAGAAGGAAAAUGACAAAAAUGGAACAUCUCGAAGAAGAAUCCACUCUGACAACACCUUCUGCUACGCCGGUACUAAAUCCUACAGUCGAAACACUAAAGCGAGAAGCUGGAGCAGAAAGUGCCAUCAGUUUUACCACGUCACGAAAUAGUCGAAGGUCGUUCAAAAUGGAUGACUUGGAAUCGAUAAUAGAGGAUCCGAAUUCGAGACAACCGUCGCGAGAUGGCGGCAGAGAGUCGGCUUUGCGCACCCAAAGUCAACAAGAAACAGCUGAUCGGUCACCUGGAUCCUUCCGUAGUCGCUCGCCAUACAACCAAGCUGGUAGGAAAUCGAGAAGCGAUUAUAACGAAGAGAAAUCGUCAGAAAUUUACGCAAUUCAAAAACUAAAACAAGCCUUAAGAGAUAAAACUAGACGAAAGAUUACACGCGCCAGCACUGCUGUUUUUAGACCAGCUUCUGGUACACCAAGUGAACAAUGGAUGUCCAACAUUAUUAAAGGAGGUAAACGUGGUCCCGUGCCUACUAAAAGUGCUUACGUCGCUCCUAAGAGCCCAGAUCCAACCAAAUCUCCAACUCAGACACGGAAACAAUCAAUUCGCAGCAUGACUGCUGAUACAAGUUCGGUAGUUUCAGGAGACGUAUCCCGAAAAUUGUCGAUGACCCAGUUCAGAGAUACAAGUCCAGCCAUGCGACUCCUGCAUGCAGCAUCAAAUCUAUCUCUUGAUACAUUAAUUUCACAAUCUGACGUCACAUUGUCUACGUCAUACUAUCCUGAAAGUGUAAAGUCUAGAAAAUCGAAAAAUUCCAGUCAGCUUCAGACAAUAUUUCGUCUUUAUACUGAUAGUUGCUUGUGGAAACCUCCGACAAGGAAACCAGCGUCGCUUUCCGUUCAAAUCAACUCGGACAACAGUGAAAAGCUGACUCUCCAAUCUGAAAUGUCAGAUUCUAUCAAUGAGUUUGGAAGCACAGGUGGCGAUCGCAACGAAACUGCAACCACAAGUUCAGUACCUCAGAGAGUGCGACCAGAGUCUAAAACUGGCGCAAGAAACAGACUUAUAAGCAGCAGUGCAACGUCAAGGGUGUCACGAGGCAGCAGAAAUGCCGGAUCCGCAGGAGGGCGCAGCGUUGCGUCACGACAGGCCGAUUGAAAACUUACCAUUUGGUUCCAUAUAACAUGUCUUGCAUGGUGAAUACAGUUAAUAAUUUAAUAUAGAGGAUAGGCCAAAAAUAGGUUAACAGUUAUUAAACCAAUAACUGUGGAUAACUGUUAUCCUACUUUUGGCAUAGUAUAUAUUUAGUAUACUUUUGCCAAUCAAAAAACAUCAGCAUUUAUGUUGCUCGUCACGGAUUGUAUUACAGGGUGUAUAUAAGGUCCAGUUACAAUCAAGUUUGUUUUAAUGUCGAUUCUUAAUAUAUCAAUUUUCAAUAUAACUAGGUUUGUUUUAUUUCAAACAAUGUUUAUUUAAGUUUUGACUCCACUUUAAUACAAUACACAUAUAUAUUCCCGCAUCAGUCCUUUGCCUUGUUUAUUGUAAUGUGCUGUGGGAAAAAGUCUCUUUCACAAUGUAAAAUUAGGUUCUGAAUACUAAUAUGUGGCUUCAAUGAUGAA